UGCAUUUCAGCCCCUCUCUGUCUAAUACGAUCCACCUACGCCCCGGACACGAAAGCCCUCGGAACCCUCUACCGGUCGCAUGUUACACGAUCGGUCUCAAUGAACACUACCAGCCACAUCGUCCGGAUUUUGGACGUUUAAGAUAUACGUGAAUAUUUCGGUCCGCCAUUCUACAGCCUUGGAGACCACUUUGUCUGAGCUGUGCUCUGACCAUAUCAUGUAUGGGUUGCAGUGGCAAUUGGGGCCAGUCAUGGCCCUUCAGAUAGCAUUUUACGCGCUUUCCUUUGUGCCUAACGCAGAUUUAUACUUGGCUGUAACACCUGGGAGGUUUUUUGUACCCAACUAUUAUCUUUGGACAGUACUUACCUUUUCAUUUUUUAAUCAUUCCGUGUUUUUUCUCCUAAGUGAUUUGUUGACCUUAUUUUUGCUCAACAAUCUCCUAUCAUUCUAUACUUGGUCCAAGCUGCUGAAGUUUUGUGCUGUCGUUAACUUGUGUACGGCUCUUUGUACAAUUUCCACUCUGUUGCUUCUGUACUCAUUUACUUUCAACACAGACCUGCUCUUCAACGAGAGGAUUUGCGGUCUCAUUGCUCUCCUUGGAGGUUUGACUGUAGUGGGGCGUCAAAUGAUGGGAGAAAAGCUUCUCGUCGGGUUCCCUCUUGGAAACAUUCGAUAUAAACACAUUCCUUUCAUGAGCGUUGUCACUGUCACAAUACUGUUUACGUUCGAAUUGAUUAACUUUGUUUCCCUGUCCAUGUUUCUGAUCGGCGUCCUUGUUGCGUGGCUGUACUUGCGAUUUUUCCAGAGGCACGAAAGCGGAACAUUGGGAGAUGUUACGGAUUCUUUUACCUUCUCAGGAUUUUUCCCCAACCAUUUGCAACCGCCCGUUGCGAUCCUCUCCAGUGCCUUGUUCAACUUUUUCGUACGCUUGAAGUUGUGCAAAAAGCCGGCUGCUAAGCCCGCUGUUCCGUCUACCUCGGUUAUAUCUUUCGUAUUGGACGUUGAUGAGCUUCAUUGUCAAGAAUCGAGGCCAUCAGGACCAGAAAAAAUUUCGAUGUUGGUCACUCCAGAUGCUAUCGGGUUUGCGACCGCCGAAGCUUUCACUGUUGCUCCUUUAAGCACACAUCUUCCCAAAAGCUGAAGUCCAUUGUUUGAUUGCUUUUGUUCACCCACCGGAUCCCUUUACGGAACUACCCUGGCGAUGAAUUCAAAUUUCCCAUGGCUUUUCUCGCUAACCUCUGUGAUCACAGUUCAUCCUCGGCGACACGCCUCUUCGCCACAUGUCCAGCAAGGAAAAAGCACAAUUCCUUCUGAUGCCACAUCUGAACAAUUUUUGAACAUCCGGCUAUACAACACCAAGUGCUCCGUGACUUUUGCACCUACAAUUUAACCGUCUCGAUCUUUGCAGUUCACCUUCACUAGACACGUUCUUGUCUCUU